GCCCGGCCCGGCUCGUCAUGCUGCCGCGGGUGCGCGCAGCCGUUGCGCAGCUGGUGGCAGGGCUGGGCGCGGGGGCGAGCGGGCAGCCCCCGGCGGAGCGCCGUGGAGGGGGCGGCAGUGGCUGCAGCGGGACCGGAGGGUCCCCGGAGGGGCCUUCCUCCUCCUGCUGCCGCCCGGCCUUCCUGCAGCUGACCCCCGAGGAGCUGCGCCGCGCCGGGGACCACACGGGCAGAGCCGUGCAGAGCCCCCGCGACGGCCGCCGCCGCCUGCCCUGGAGCACGGGCUACGCCGAGGUGAUCAAUGCAGGGAAGAGCCAGCACAAUGAGGACCAGGCAUGCUGUGAGGUGGUGUUUGUGGAGAGAAGGCCCAGCCCCAGGGCCCGGCGGCCAUCCGGAGAAGGUGGCAGGGAGCUGGAUGGGGGCAGGAAGGGUUUUUAUUUCCACUACUGGGCCCUGUUUGAUGGCCAUGCAGGCAGUGGUGCUGCUGUCAUGGCAUCCAAGAAACUCCAUCUGCACAUCUGUGAGCAGCUCCGGGACCUUGUGGACAUCCUGCAGGACCCCUCCCCACCUCCCAUCUGUCUCCCACACGACGUGAGAGCUGGCCCCACAGAGCAGAGUCGGCUGCCCCUCACAGAGGAUGAUGGGGAGGCUCCCAACGACGCUGUGCCACGGUUUCACCUAGAGAAAGCAGUGUCCCACGAGAGCCUGGUGAUUGGUGCCAUCGAGAAUGCCUUCAAGCUGAUGGAUGACCAGAUCGAGAGGGAAAGGGCAUCCCAGCACCUACCUGGGGGCUGCUGUGCCCUGGCUGCCAUCUACCUCCUGGGCAAGUUCUACGUGGCCAACGCUGGUGACAGCAGGGCCAUUAUCAUCCGUAACGGGGAAAUCAUUCCAAUGUCCAGGGAGUUUACUCCAGAGACAGAGAGGCAGAGGCUGCAGUUCUUAGGAUUCCUGAGGCCUGAGCUGCUGGGGAAGGAAUUCACCCACCUCGAGUUCCCCCGCAGGAUCCAGCCCAAGGAGCUGGGGAAGAAGAUGCUCUAUAGAGACCAGAACAUGAAUGGCUGGGCUUACAAAAAAAUUCAAGAAGAUGAUUUGAAGUUUCCACUCAUCUACGGGGAAGGCAAAAAGGCUCGGGUGAUGGCCACAAUUGGGGUCACACGGGGCCUGGGGGAUCACGACCUCAAGGUGUUCAGCUCCAACAUCCACAUCAAGCCUUUCCUGUCCUGCUUCCCAGAGGUCCGGGUGUAUGACCUCACGCAGUAUGAGCACUGUCCUGACGAUGUGCUGGUCCUGGGCACUGAUGGGCUCUGGGAUGUCACCAACGACAAGGAGGUGGCUGGUGUGGUGAUGGAGGUGCUGACGAGCUACGAGCCAAAUGACCCCUGCAGGUACACCAUGGUGGCCCAGGAGCUGGUGGUGCGGUCCAGAGGGGUGCUGAAGGAGCGGGGCUGGCGCCUGGCCAACGACAGGCUGGGCUCUGGUGAUGACAUCUCUGUCUUCGUGAUCCCUCUGGGUGGCCCAGGCAGCUACACAUGAUGCUCCAAGACCCUGGAGCAGUGAGGCUCACCUUGCCUGGACCAAGAUGAGAGGGAUACUGGUGCUGCUUCAGGGCCACCUCUUCCUGAAGCAGUUCUUUUCUGAGCCAACUUCAAGAGUGAGAAACCCAAAGCCUCUUCUUUGCCCCUGCUCAGAGCAUCCCCCUCCACCAGCUGCAUCCCAGUCCCAGGUGGAGAUGGAAAGGCCUUGGACAGGGAGCAAGGUUGAAGGACAUUUCUUAUGCUGCCACUUUUUUGGUUGCUGUGAAAAGCCUGAAGGGCUUGUGACUCCUGGGGGCUCCUCUGCACCUUACCUUGGGCCAGUGCUGGUUCCAGCAGUGUGCAGCAGCUGCUGGGCUGGUGGGACACUGAUAUCUGGAGAAGUGUGUGCCUGCUGCUGCAGCCAUCUCUUGUCCCUCUGCCCUGUGAUGGCAAAGCUGCUGUUGGAGCUGGGUGCUGGGGUUAGGACAGGGCAUGGCCUGAGGUGAAGCUUUGCUGACAGUUGGGCAGUGCUGAGCCUGGCAGAAGUCCAGUUGUGGGUGGCAUGGUGGUGGGUGAGCCCCAGGGCUGACACCCUAGCUUUGUGCUUGCCCUUUCCAGCCUCUCACCCCCUUAUCCCAGACAUGUAUCUUGUCUUAUUCCUUGGUAUGGGAGGAUGGGGCAGCACUUGGUCACCAAGAGCCCCUGGGCAGGAAUGAGCUGCUGCACUUGCACUGCCUGUGCCACGGGUUCUGUCCCCUCCCCUCCUCCUGCCUUGGGUCACUGCUGUGUUUUGGAGCCAAUUAUUUAUUAUUAAUGGGAGAGCUGAGCUGGGAAAUGUCUAAAUCCUUUCUUGGUGGGGGCAGUCUGUGACUCUCUCUUUAUUUUGGAGUGGUUCUGAGUUGGCCACUGCUGAGCAGUGGUUGCACAGAGCAGCCCUAUUCAGCCAAGCUUAGCAGCUUAGACGUGCUGCAUGGAUCUGCUUAGCCAGGGCUGGAGCCCACAGCAAAGCAGCUUGGUGGUGACUGGGGAGAAGGGGGAGACAGCUCCCUCCUUUUCCUUCAUAAUCUCAGAGCUAGUGCAGCUGUUGAUCUCUGCACAGCAUCUUGCUCAGCAGCACACACACCUCCCCCUCUGACCGGGAGCUCUGCAGAGCAUUGUGUCCUCCUAAACCACGAGGGAUGGUCCCAUCCUGGCAGGGUGGUGAUGAGGAGAGCUGGGCCAUGGUCUCUGGCUUUGGAAAGGCUCCAUGGCGCCAGUAGUUUGUGUCCUGCUGUCACUGAGUGCAGCCAGCUCUUGUCAAGUGAACGUUGCUUGUCUCUUGUAAUGAGCAAGAUGUAAACAAACUGGGUGCACUUGAUGGCAAGUGAAAGCUACCCAGCCAGAUUCUGACCUCUUGCCAUCUCCUGUGCUGAUGGGGGCAGGCAGCAGGACUGGGGCUGGGAGCCCUCCCUCACAGCACCCCAUGUUUCAAUAAAGGUUUUGUCACACACA